GACAGUAUUCUUUUUUACCAUCUGGCGCUGUUAAAAAGCGUUGAAAUAUUGCACUAAUUUUGGGAAGAACGGAAUUAUUAUUGUUUUUAUUAUUUUUUGUUUAUUAUUAUUAACAAAAAUGGACGCUUCAAAGACAUAAUCAUGAGUUAUUGAAAGUGAUUUGAUAGCAUAAUUCAAUAAAAACAUAUUUAAAGACAACAAAACAUCAAUAAUUAUUGAUUAAUUUAUUGACAACUUCAUUUAAUCGACAAGCAUAUUGGUGAUUGACUGUAAAAGAACAGGAUCAACAUCAACAAUGCAGAACUAUGAUGACCUUGAUAUUGAGGGAAGAAAUCCUUCUCAUUUAUCAGAAGAGGAACGUGAAAAGGAAGAAUUUGAUAGAAGACGUUUGAUGAGAUCCAGUGUAACAUCAGAAGAUGGUAUACUACGUCCAGUAUAUUCAAAGACAGAUGAAGGUGAUAUAUGGUGUCACAUAUGUAAUAUAUCAUUAUUUGGUGCACAAAAAUUAUUACGACAUAAUAUAUCAAGUCUUCAUAGAAUAAAAUUAGAUGAAUGGCCAUAUCCAGUAUCAUUGUGGUCAAAAAAAGAACCAAUUAAAUCAAAUUUACAAGGACAAAUAAAUAUUAGUGAUAGUCUUGCACCUGGUGAACCAGCACCACCUGGUAUGGAAGAUCAAGUUAAUCGUAUAACAUCAAUACAAGUUAGUCUUGAUAGACAUCAAAGUUCACCACUUGUUGGUCUUGAAUAUUUAUUAGAAAUUAUUGAUAAUGAUUCACCAGAACCAAGUUAUAAAUGUGUAUUAUGUGAAAAACGUGGUGAUCCAAGAACAGUUAUGGCACAUAUUACUAGUUAUAAUCAUCGUAUGACAUAUUUACAUCGUCAUUUUCCAACAAUAUCAAGAGCAAUUACUGAUUUACCACGUACUGCUAAUUAUAAACGUGGUGCUAAUGAAAUAUCAAUACUUGUUGCUAAAAAAAUUCAAGAAAAAUUUGGUCGUUUACAGCCACAACUUGUUGAUAAAGGACAAUAUGAAAAAAAUAAAACACAAUAUACUAAAAAUUGUGUUCAAGAUUAUCAUUUUAGAGAAACACCCGAGUUAACAUUUAUGGAAGUUUACGAUGUGCGAUGGGUGACAAACUUUGAAGAGAAAAUGGCAGAAAUAACGAGUGAAUCAAAUAAAAAAGAUAAUGCUGCAAAUGAAAAUAUACAUGAGGAAAAAACAACGAAAAAAGAAGAGAGUAAAUUGGAUAAGGCAUUUCCAAAAAAGAUUGAACCAGAUACAACAAAAACAGAAAUGAAAAUUCGUAUAUUAACAAAAGAUAAAAUAAAUCGUAAAUCUGAAAAAGAUGAUAAAAAAAUACGUCCAUCAGAUGAUACAAAAUCAUUAUCAUCAUUAUCAUCAAUAUCAAGUAGUCCAUCACCAACAAGAUCACGUUCACGUUCAUGUUCACGUUCACGUCGUCGUCAAUCAAGUCGUGAUCGUUUACGUCAUCGUAGUAAUAAAAUACGUAAUCCACGUUCACGUUCACGUUCAAGAUCAACAGAGCCAUUACGUGAACGUGAUAAAUGGGAUAAAUUUCGUGAACAAAUACGUCGUGCCGAAGAAACACUAGAUAGAUCAUUAAAAUUUCAUGAAAAAAAUCCAGAAAAACAUCCAUCAUAUCCUGAUGAAUGGAAAAAAUUUUGGAAUAGACGUUAUAAAGAAUUACAAGCUGAUGGACAAGAUCCAAGUAAACAUGAUUUUAAACCAGAAUGGAUUGAUUUUUGGAAUAAAAGAAUGCGUGAAAUUCAUAAUGAACAAUUGGCAUCAAGAAAAGAAGAUAUUAGAAAACGUCUUGAAUUACCAGAAGAUAAACCACCAGAAAUUAAACAUUGGUCAUCAUCAACAGCAACAACAACAACAACGUCAUCAUCAUCAUCAUCAUCACGUAAAACAGAAAAAAUAGUUAAACCAAUUGAAACAACAAAACGUUCAAAAAUACAUAUUGAAAGUGAUGAUGAUGAUGUUGAAUAUGUUGGUACUAAAACAAUAAAACCAGAAAGAAUUGAAAGAAUUGAAAGAUUACCACCACCACCACCAACAGAUAGACAAGAUAGAUUUGAUUAUGAACGUCAUCCACGUGAUGAUCCACGUGAAUAUUAUUCAUAUACUAGAACAAGACCACCAUCAUAUCGUAAUUAUUAUCAACGUGGGGGUGGUAAUAUGUCAAGACCACCACCACAAUCAUCAUCACGUCAUUAUUCACAUCAAUAUACAAUUAAAGAAAAAUCACCAAGUCCAAUAUUAAAUGAAGAUAAUAUAUUAAAAGAAGAUUUAGAAAUUGUUGGUUUAUUACGUUUAUUAACAGCACUUGAAGGACAACUUGGUUCACUUGGACCAAAAGUUGUUACAUUAUUAUCACGUGCAUUAGCUGCUGAAAAAGUUAAACCAAAUUCAGCUGAAGAGCUACUUGAUGAUGAAGAUGUUAAUGUAUUAUUUGAAACAGUUAAAGAAAAAUUAAAAGGACAAUUAUUUGCUGGUAUGAUUGAAAAAAUGGCAAUUGCACCAACAAAAUCAGCAAUACAAAAUAUUGCACAAUUAUUACAUAAAGCAACUGAGGAUAAAAAGAAAAAACAACAAUUAAAAGAAGAAGAAGAAAAACGUCAAAAACAAGCUGAAAUGGCAAAAUCACUUGCUGCAUUUGCUGCUAGAACAACAAUUCCAUAUUCAAGAACAAUUGAUUUACCACCAAUAAGAUCAGAACCAGUUAGUGUACCUGGUAUUGGUUCUGUUGAUAAAAUUGCUAUUGCACAACAAAUUGCAGCAGCAUUACUUGCACAAGGACGUGAUAAUGUAUCACAAGAUGAAUUAGAAACAUUAAUAAAUGCUGUUGUUGGUAUGGCUGAAGCAUCAAAACACAGUGAUAAACCAAUAACUGCUGCUAGUUUUGUUAAAAGUUUAACUGAUAAUAAUAAUGAACAAGUUCAUGAAACAACCAAUAAUACAAUAAUAGAACAACCAAAAGUAUCACCACUACCACCACCACCACAACAACAACAACAAAUUGUUCCAACACCAGCUGUUGUUGUUGCACAACCAGUUAUACCAUUAAUAUCACCACCAAUUAUAAUUAAACAACGUGAACCAACACCACCACCACCACCACCACAAAAAAUCAUUGAUCCAAUUGAAGCACAUGCUGCAAGAAUGGAAAAUUUAACAGACAAUGAUCUCAAAGAUUUAUUACAAAAUUUUAAAGAUCUUGGUACUGAUGAACAGCAUGGAUUAAUUAAUUUUUUGAAAAAAUUAGAAGCAAGUGAUCCAGAAAGAGUUGAAAAAUUACGUGGUUUUGUUAAUCUUGGUGGUGGUAAUAAUAGUACAACAUCAAAUAAUAAUAAAAGAAGAUCAAUAUCACCACAAAGUGAUGUUGAAUAUAUAUCAACAAAAUCACGUCAAAGUGUAUCACCAUUUUCAACAAGAAAAGGUGGUCAUAAUCCAUCAGAUGAUGAGCAUUCAAAAUGGAAACCAAAAUUAGAUAUGUUUGCUGAUGAAGAAGAAGAGGAAGAUAGAGAACGACGUCAGCAACAACAACGAAAACAAUUACAACUACAACAACAACAGCAGCAACAAAAACAACAGCAACAACAACAAACAAAACAACAAUUAAAUAAAAAUAGAUAUGAUGAUGAUAAAAAAAGAGGAAGAAUUGAAUUAUCUGAUGAUGACGAUGAUGAUGAUGAUUAUUCAUUUGAAGAUAUUUAUAAAGCAGCUAAUAAAAAUGUUGUUGAUAGUGAAAAAGCUAAAAAUAAAAGAAUAUCAAGAUCAAAAUCAUUUUCAAGAUCAUGGUCAAGAUCACGUUCACGUUCAAUAUCACCACCUAAAAAUAAUAGUAAUAAUAAUAAUAAUAAACGUAAUGAUGACUCAAUGGGAAUGUUGAGUGAAACAAAUCGUUUGAUUGAGACAUUAAUGGUUAAUUUACCAAAUAAAUAUGUUAUUAAAUCACACAAUAAUACAUCAAAACCAACAUCAAAUAUAUCAAGAAAUAAUGAUGUACCACCACCAGGAUCAACAAUAGUAUCAAUGCCACCACCGUCAUUUCAAAAUCCACCGAGUUAUCAAAAUCAAAAUAUUCAAUUAACUCAACCACCACCACAACAACAGCAACAGCAAGAUGUUACGUAUCCAGGACCAUUAGGACAACAUCAAUUUGCUGCUUAUCAACAACAAAAUUCACAACAAUUUAAUUCAAAUUCAAAUUAUAUGAAUAUGGGAUUAAAUAAUGGCUAUGGAAAUUAUAAUCAAAAUAAUUAUAAUCAAGGAUUAAAUACAAAUCAACAGUAUUUACAACCACCACCAAAUUAUGUACCACCACCACAAAUGUUUAGUGGUGGUAAUAAUAAUCAGUAUGGUGGACAACAGGGACAAUUGACACAAGGUCCACCAUCUGGACCACCUCCUGUUGGUUAUCCUCAACAAACACAAUAUCCAAAUUAUUCACAGCAACAACAACAACAACAGCGUUUCUAUUGACCAUAAUUUGAAUAAUAGUUUCUUUCUAUUUUUACGUAUUUUUUUUUUUUUUUCGUUCAUGUUAAUUAAGUUGUUUCAGGUUUUUGAAGAAUCGUUACGUCUAUUAUCAAGGCUUGAAAUUUUGUCAAGAUAUUUAUUACUCAUUUUUUUUUAUACGUGAAAUAAUUAUUUUUAACUUUUUUUUUCAAACAAAU